GCAGAGAACGUUAAAUAUGUCAAAAAGUCAUUUGUUUUUUACAAGUGAUUAAAAAUUAAAUAAAUUGUGACGAUCCUCAGUUAAAACAAAAUGCCUGCAGCCAAAACAAAAAAAAUUAAACUCGGUGCAAAACCUUAUAAAGUAGUCACUACCGGAGAUGCACUCGAGAAGAAAGCUUGGGAGAAAGUAAAAAUCAAGGGCAAUAUAAUCUCGGAUGAUGGUGGCGGAUUUGAAGGGCUAAUUGGUUUAGAAGUGUUGGAAGAAUAUGACCCCAAAUUAGUGGAAACAGCAAAAGGAAAACGCACUAGAAAGGAGAAGCGUAUGGAUCGAAAGGCAGAUGCCAAAAAGCGUAAGGUGAUGAAACAGUCUAAUGAUGAGGAAGAGUCACAAGAGGACACAGAAACAGAACAUGAAGCAAUUACCGAAACAACUAGGUCCAAAAGCAGAAAGGAACGUCUAGCAGAACGCAAAUUGAUGUUAAUAGAGAAACGUAGAGAGAAACGUGAAAAGCGUAAACAAAAGAAGAGUGCCAAUAAAGAAAUCAAAGAUGGGAAGCCUACCCAAAAAGAUGCUUUGGGUAAUGAAGAGUAUCCCGCAGAUCGGUUUGCUUUGCUUAGGCCACCAGCAUUAACGGACGAUAAAAUGGAUGAUAAUCAUAGCGACGAUGACACCGAGCCUCCAAAAUUAGUUAGCUCAUCAGCGUUGACCGUUGAUGAUUUAGAGGGUUGGAAUGGUUUAGGGGUUCCACAUGCCGUUCUUCGUGCAAUUGCUGACAGGGGUUUCAAGUCCCCAACAGAAAUUCAAGCCAUGACCCUACCUGCCGCCAUUUUAGGCAAGAAGGAUAUACUGGGUGCAGCAGAGACCGGCAGUGGUAAAACACUAGCUUUUGGCAUUCCAAUUUUAGCUGGUAUCAUGGAGUUGAAAUCGAAAAACGUACGCAGCGGCAUACGCAAAGCUCCAAAAGUGAAAGGCCAAAAACCGGAACUUCAAACCAAGCCAGUGAAAGAAAAUCGGGAGUUAACACCUCCACCAGAAGAGCUUGAUUUCUAUCCAUCUUUACCUACAGAAGACGAAGCAAGUGAAUCCGACGAGGAUGUGGAACAUAAUGGCCCCCUUUAUGCGGUUGUACUGACACCAACGCGUGAGUUGGCGGUGCAAGUCAGAGAACACUUGGUGGCGGCAGCAAAAUACACUGGCAUUAAAGUGGCAGCAAUUUUCGGCGGUUUGGCCGUAGCAAAGCAAGAGCGUUUGCUUAAACAGUGCCCCGAAAUUGUGGUCGCAACACCAGGACGCUUGUGGGAACUUUUUGAACAAGAAAAUCAACAUUUAAGUAAAAUGGAGGACAUAAGUUUUUUAGUCAUUGAUGAAACUGAUCGCAUGGUGGAAAAGGGUCAUUUUGAAGAGUUACGAAGCCUUUUAAAAGUGUUAAACGCGAAUGAAGAAAAGAAGCAAACACGACAAAAUUUUGUGUUUUCCGCGACAUUAACACUAGUGCAUGAUUUACCCGAACAUAUGCAGCGAAGAAAUGUUGGAAAACGGCCAAAAUUUCUCAAACAAACACCGGGAAUGAAAAUUCAGAGCCUUAUUGAAGAGCUGGGCAUAUCCCAACCUAAAAUAGUAGACAUUACCAGAAGCCAACAGACCGCUCAGAACCUCACCGAAUGCCGUCUAAUUUGUUCAAUUGAUCAAAAGGACUACUAUCUCUACUACUUCCUACAACGUCAUCCAGGGCGUACAAUUGUUUUCUGCAAUUCCAUCGAUUGUGUGAAACGCUUGGCCACCCUCUUCGGUCUAUUGGAAUGUGCUCCUUUGCCGUUGCACGCGAGCAUGAUACAAAAGCAACGUCUGAAAAACCUAGAAAGAUUCCGUGACAACUCCAAUGGUCUUCUAAUAGCCACCGAUGUAGCAGCACGUGGCCUGGAUAUCCCAAAUGUGGAACAUGUGAUACACUAUCAAGUUCCCCGGACUAGCGAAAAUUAUGUGCACCGUUCAGGGCGCACAGCACGUGCAAAUAAAAAUGGCAUUACUGUAAUGUUCAUGGAACCAGGAGAAGUGAAGAACUACGUAAAACUCUAUAAAACAUUGGAUAGAUCGGAGGACUUACCCCUGUUUCCGGUUUCUGAGAAAUAUCUGCGCGCUGUGAAGGAACGUGUUACCUUAGCUCGCGAAGUAGAUAAGCAGGAAUUGAAAAUACGACGCGCGCAAAGCGAAAUCGGUUGGAUGAAAAAACACGCAGAGGAGAUGGAUAUGAUUAUCGACGGUUUCAAUGACGAAUCCGGAAGCGACCAGGAUGAUGAAGAUGCUUUUGUGGUCGAGAGAAGACGAGAUCGGUUGCAUUUAGAAAAUAUUCGAGCACGACUUAGAUCUUUGCUAGUGAAACCAAUGUUCCCCAAAGGCUUCAGUUUUAAAUAUCCAACUAGCACUGGACAAUUACAAGUGCCAGACAUUGGCAUACCAACCUCAGGCAAUGAACAGGGCAGCGCCGUAAAUGUAAUGAAAGCAGCUAUUGAAGAUUUGAAGCAGGCAAAAAAAGAGCGGAACAAGAAAAGAAAAUUACUUUCAUAAAAUUUCGUAUUUAAUAUGGGUUGUUUUAUUUGUUUGUGUUUUGUAAUAAAAUAAUACAAUGAACUAUUAAGAUGAAA